AGCUGUACACUAGCGGAAGCCAGAAAUGCUUGAUUCUAUUAAUAAGCUAUUUGUUAACACACCGAGUGAGAUAAGAGUGAUAACUAAACAGAUUAGAUAUAACAUCCAGUAAUGUUAUGAAUAGUCAAGCGCACAGAACAAUAUCGUUGUUUUGAGAACAGUUAUCGGCUCCAUUAACAUCUGUAAAAAUGAAUCUUGUCUACAGUGACUCGUCCAUGUUCGGCCUUGUCCCUGUCGCCACUUCUUUCUCAAGUUAACAGCUGGAAAGAUGAGAGCCGCUCGGCUCUGUGGUGCUGGGCUCUCCCGCAGUUCUUGACAUGACAUCUAUGCUGUUUCGAUGGCUUUGCCUCCUCGGCCUGAGCCUCGGUGUGUUGAUUGGAUAUGUGAUCACUCGGAGCAAUCUGCCAGCACCUGUGCCGAGCAGCGCACUCAGGGGUUACAUGAGGAUCACCACCGACAAGACGCAACAGUUUCUGGACAUGCACUGCAAUCAUUGCGCCUUGGUCUCCAGCUCAGGUCAAAUGCUUGGAGCUGGUGUCGGUGCAGAGAUCGACCUGAAUGGAUGUGUUAUUCGAAUGAACAACGCUCCCACACUGGGUUAUGAGAAGGACGUAGGGGGCCGCACCAGUGUUCGAGUUGUGUCUCACACCAGUGUCCCCCUGUUGUUAAAGAACGAGCACUUCUAUUUCCGACAUUCUGCAAACACCACAUAUGUGUUCUGGGGACCUGAGAGGAACAUGAGACAAGAUGGGAAAGGACCCAUUUUUAACAUUCUCCUGAGAGUAGCAAAGAAAUAUCCUAAUGCCAGGAUUUACACUGUAACAAGAGAGAAGAUUCAAUACUGUGAUAAUGUGUUUCAGAAGGAAACUGGAAAAAACAGAAUGAAAACAGGGGCUUUCCUCAGCACUGGAUUCUUCACAAUGGUUCUGGCUCUUGAUAUGUGUGACAGCAUUCAUGUUUAUGGGAUGAUUGAUGAAAACUACUGCAGUUUAGCCAAUCACAGUGUGGUUCCCUACCACUACUAUGAAAAACACCGGAUCAAUGAGUGCAGGAUGUACAAAGCCCACGAGCACAUGAAACGCGGUGGACAUCGCUUUAUCACGGAGAAGGCCAUUUAUGCCAAAUGGGCAUUGCACCAUAAAAUAGACUUUAAACACCCCAGUUGGACUCUCUGAGGAAGGACUGCGUUUGACCUUCUCCUCAUGCGAAAGCUGUUUGUGCUGCAUGUACUAGCAAAAGAACCACUGCAUUUAACCAUUCAUACCACACUACCUUCAGUAUUAAAUAUGUUCUUAAUGUAGUGUUAAAUAUUAAUAUUAUAACUGAUAUAGCUUUUAAGGUUAAGCAGACUAAAGUUUACACAUUUCUUUAUUUUUUAUACCAGUGCCUCAACUUUCUGCCUUAUACUGUGCUGUGCUGUGUAUAACAACACCCACCUUCAGUCUAAGAGACAGAGACUUCAUUUCAGUAUCGGGCAUCUGCAGGUUGACGUAUUUACAUUACUUGGAUUUUGAACAGUUCGUUCUAAACCAAAAGUUACUUAAUUUAAAAUUGUACAGGUUAAAAGAAAUUAUACAUAAAACUUGAAUAUUUCAGUUACAUUGUUUGGCCACUAAAUAGGAGAUUGAGUGUGUUACAUUUGGGUAGUUUAUAGUUGACGUGUAUAAUAAACCUGCAGAGAUCUGUGGCCAAUAACUUGCUGGGAGGGAAUUAACUUUGAAUGUACUGGUUUUGUUUGUAUGCUGCAUGUUUACAGCUCAGUGCAGUUUUCAGUUGCUUAUUUUAUGACUGCACCAAUAAACUAAUCACCUCAUAAA